AUGUCCCCUUCUGCUAUCACAGACUCCCCGCCACAGCAAGCCGCCUACCCGGCAUCAACAGAUCUCGGCGAUGGACUCGCAGUACAGCAUCCGCCGCCCAACUUCCAGGGCUACGAUCACGUAACCUGGUGGGUUGGCAACGCCAAGCAGGCCGCUGCUUACUACACUACUCUCUUCGGAUUCAAAACCGUAGCAUACAAGGGCCUCGAAACGGGCAGCAGGUAUAUCGCCUCAUACGCCGUCGCCAACAAUGACGUCCGUUUCGUCUUCACCUCCCCGGUGCGAUCCCUGGCGCACCUCCCCGAGGAUGAGCCCAUCUCAGACGCGGAGCGAGAGCUCCUGCGCGAGAUUCACGCUCACCUCGAGAAGCACGGCGACGCCGUAAAGGAUGUCGCCUUUGAGGUCGACAAUGUCGAGGGCGUAUACAACAAGGCCGUCUCGGAGGGCGCCGAUGCCGUUCAGCCUCCCACCGUCCUCAAGGACAAGGAGCACGGCAACGUCCUGACCGCCGUCAUCCGCACCUACGGCGACACCACACACACGCUCAUCUCCCGCAACGGAUACUCGGGCCCUUUCCUCCCGGGCUUCCGCGCCGCAAAGCCCACUACGGCCACCGUCACGCUCCCCAACGUGCCCCUGGCCCGGAUCGACCACUGCGUCGGCAACCAGUCUUGGAAUGAAAUGGUGUCGGCUUGCGCCUUUUACGAGCAGUGCCUGUCCUUCCACCGCUUCUGGUCUGUCGACGACUCGCAAAUCUGCACAGAGUUCUCGGCCCUCAACUCCAUUGUCAUGGCCUCGGCCAACAACAUGGUCAAGAUGCCCAUUAACGAGCCCGCGCCCGGCAAGAAGAAGUCCCAGAUCGAGGAGUACGUCGUCUUCAACUCGGGCGCCGGCGUCCAGCACAUUGCCCUCCUGACACAGGACAUCAUCACCACCGUGUCGGCCAUGCGCGCCCGCGGUGUCGAGUUCAUCAACGUCCCCUCGACCUACUACGACACCAUGCGCCACCGCCUCAAGACGGAGAAGCGCAACUGGGAGCUCAAGGAGGACCUCGCCACCAUUGAGGCGCUCAACAUUCUCAUCGACUACGAUGAGCAGGGAUACUUGCUUCAGCUCUUCACUAAGCCGCUCAUGGACCGUCCCACUGUCUUUAUUGAGAUUAUCCAGCGCAACCACUUUGAGGGUUUCGGUGCCGGUAACUUCAAGAGCUUGUUCGAGGCUAUCGAGCGCGAGCAGGCCGAGCGUGGAAACCUCUAA